AUGGGGGACAAAGAGAAAAAGAAGAAGGAUAAAAAGUCCUCAAAGAGCGACAGAGUCACUCUGAAAAAAGAAAUUGGACUUUUGAGCGCUUGCGCUAUUAUCAUCGGUAACAUCAUCGGCUCUGGGAUAUUCAUCUCACCUAAAGGAGUGUUGGAGCAUGCAGGCUCCGUUGGGCUCUCACUCAUCGUCUGGGUUUGUGGAGGGGGGAUCUGUGCCCUCGGGUCCAUGUGCUACGCUGAACUGGGGGUCACCAUCCCAAAAUCUGGAGGAGACUAUUCAUACGUGACAGAAAUCUUUGGAGGGCUAGUGGGCUUCCUGUUGUUAUGGAGUGCCGUCCUCAUCAUGUAUCCGACCACGCUGGCCGUCAUUGCGCUUACCUUCUCCAAUUACGUCUUGCAGCCGGCAUUUCCGGAAUGCCUGCCACCGUACAUCGCCACAAGACUCCUCGCCACCAUCUGUAUCUUAUUCCUGACCUGGGUGAACUGCUCCAGUGUGCGCUGGGCGACAAGGAUCCAGGAUGUUUUCACUGUAGGAAAACUCCUCGCUCUGGUACUCAUCAUAGUGGUAGGACUCAUCCAGAUCUGUAGAGGUCACUAUGACGCCCUUCGGCCCAGUGUGGCCUUUGAGUUCAGUCAGGACCCCUCAGUGGGACAGAUAGCGCUGGCCUUCCUCCAGGCCUCCUUCGCCUACAGCGGCUGGAACUUCCUCAACUACGUCACAGAGGAGGUCAUGGAGCCACGCAAGAACCUGCCCCGUGCCAUCUACAUUUCCAUCCCACUGGUGACCCUUGUCUACACUUUGACCAACAUCGCCUACUUCUCCUCCAUGACCCCUGAGGAGCUGCUGGCCUCCAACGCUGUGGCAGUGACAUUCGGGGAAAAGCUGCUUGGGAUGUUUUCCUGGGUGAUGCCUAUCUCUGUAGCGCUGUCCACCUUUGGAGGAAUCAACGGAUAUCUGUUCACCUCCUCCAGAUUGUGUUUCUCGGGAGCUAGAGAGGGUCACUUGCCUUAUCUGCUGGCUAUGAUCCACCUAAAGAACUGCACUCCUAUCCCCGCCCUGCUGGUCUGCUGCAUGGCCACCAUAGUCAUCCUGUGCAUCGGAGAGACACACAACCUGAUCAACUAUGUGUCCUUUAUCAACUAUUUGUCCUAUGGCGUAACCAUUGCUGGCCUCCUCUACCUCCGCAAGACGAGACCCAACCUGGUCAGACCCAUCAAGGUCAGCUUGUUGAUCCCGAUCACCUACCUGAUAUUCUGGGCUGUGCUGCUGUGCUUCAGUUUGUACUCUGAACCGGUGGUUUGUGGCCUGGGAAUGGUCAUCAUGCUGACUGGAGUCCCGGUAUACUUUGUGGGUGUUCAUUGGAAGGACAAACCCAAAUGUGUCUACCGGCUAGUCGAAAAAGUCACAUACAUGGGCCAGAAGGUGUGUAAUGUGGUGUUUCCUCAGGAAGACCUUUCAGAGACUGAACCCCUCACUGCCUACAAAGCCACUGACUGAGCAAUGCACUCAACCAGGAAUUCUUUACAUCAACACCUGUACUGCCAAUUGUUUUUUAGUGUUACAAUGUUUCACAUUGGUCAGUUUGUGGAUGGUGAAGAAAAGGUUUUCGUCCAUGUUCUUGCACAGCUGCAGCCUGAUGAAGAUCCAGUAUAAAAGAAGUGGAGGGUUACACUUAGGACACUAUCAUGUUUAACCCUAAAGCCCCAAAAUAUAUUUUUAUUUGUUGGUUGAUACUGUUCCUCCAUUCUCCUCGCCAGUAUGCAUAGAGAUCUCUAUCUCAUCUUCUCCCUUCUACUAACUCAAAGAACCUCCGUCUGUUAUCUUCUGCUUCCCUGCCAAGAUAUGCUUCUUUUAUGACUUUAACUAAAUCCUUGAGCUAAUGUGCCUUAUGAAACGUAUGUGUUGGUGUAGUGGAUUUGUUUGUGCGGGUUGUGUAAUAACUUUUUUUGAGGUAAAUAUGCAAGCAGUUUCUGCACUUAGCAAUACUUUCUCUUUUACUGCUGCUACCUUCAGCUCUGUUUCACUAAUUAUUCAUAUACCGUUUGUCAACUGUGGAUGAAUAUCUUUCUGUCUUUAUCUCUGCCUGGCCACAGUAUUUGGCCAUUUUUUUUUACUUUACACCCGUUCUUUCUUUUGUUUUUCAUACUAUUAUAAUACUGCAUUCUCCUAAGAGGUACUGUGGGUUCCUUCAUUAUUAUUAGAGAUUAUCUACUUGACAACCAUCAUUCCCAGCAAUAUUUACAGCACAGGGAAGACAGGCGGAUGACGGGAAGUUCGUGGCCGUCAUCUGGACGGAUGGCUCUCAGAAAUGAAUAAGCUGCAUCGUUACAACACGUGUCGACGGGCUGUUCUGUUUUGGAAAUGUUCUCAUCUUUAGGAAUGCCACUGUGAACUCUCUCAAGGUGCUUGACCCACCAGGACAGUUAUUACAUUUCAGAUUUCUCUCCUAAUGUUAUGAUGCAGCGCUAACCAUUAACUUGCUGUUGGAUAAUUUAUCCAUAUUGACAGAUAUAUUGCUGGCUGGCAGUGGAUAUUUAAUUGUGCAUGGGCCUGCUCCCUUUUCCCGAAAGACAUAUCAUCACUGAAAUGACCCCUGGCCCACCGAGUUUUUACUAUGGUACUAUUGACAUAAUAUAGUUGAAUUGACCUAAUGGACUUGUAAGAUACAGACUUGUUAUGGCCCUUCUGAAACAUUCAAUUUUGCCUACAAACUAUUACGGUAAAAUGAAUGUCCUUACUGGAGUUGUGUUACCACUACCUUAACACAAUAUGCCAAUUGACUGUGCUCCUGGUGAUACUGGUGUUUACAUGCAUUUAGGUAACCUCUUAUAGCACUUGUCUACCAGCUGUUUAUGUUGUACAUACAACAGAGCAUAUGAAGGUUUGGGCCAUUGGCCUUUUUUUUUUUAACACGAUGUGAACCAGCAGGUGGAAACUUCAAUAGAACAUUGGGUCUUUUUCCAGCCCAGCAGAUGCUGGGAAUAUCCCGCUGCAUCAAAUCCACUAAGAGACUUCAGAUAGCAACGACUGUCUGCCGUGUCCAGGCGCUGUUAGCUCAGUCAAGAUCUGUAAAUACUGUGUAAAGAAUAAAAACAAACUGUUACAAAUGCGCCGGGGACUCUAAUAAAGAUCACAUUCCUCAGAUAUGUCGUGAUACAUUUAAAUACUGUACAAUUGUUGGGUGCGCCUCUGUGUUUUGUAAG